GCGCGCACGCACACCGUCACCGUGUAAUCUCUGGUCCGCGCAACGAGUCCCUCUCUGCCUUCCUCAUUUCCGCUGUGUGAUUCGCUUUCGAACCCACCACCGUCCCACUCAAUUCCCUCCUACAAUUGGCUUCUCGCCGAGCUCCCCUUUCCCCUCCCUUCCGCGCCUCGCCCCAGUGUUGCCCCGAUCCAGCGCGCUACAUCACCAGAUGGAUCGGCCGGCGCCGGAUCAGCGGCCGUCGCUCUUCUCGCCCUACCAGAUGCGCCGCUUCAGCCUCGCCCACCGGGUGGUGCUGGCGCCGAUGACGAGGUGCAGGGCCAUCGGAGGGCUGCCGGGGCCGGCGCUGGCGGAGUACUACGCGCAGCGGUCCACCCCGGGAGGCCUGCUCAUCUCCGAGGGAACCGUCGUCUCGCCGGCGGGGCCGGGGUUUCCUCAUGUCCCUGGAAUUUACAAUCAAGAGCAGAUAGAUGCAUGGAAAAAGGUGGUGGAUGCUGUGCAUGCCAAAGGAAGCAUAUUUUUCUGCCAAUUAUGGCACGUAGGCAGAGCUUCUCACCAAGUAUACCAGCCAGGCGGUGCUGCUCCAAUAUCCUCAACUGAUAAGCCGAUAUCAUCAAGAUGGAAGAUACUGAUGCCUGAUGGUUCAUACGGAAAGUAUCCCGAGCCAAGGCGCCUUGCAAUAUCAGAAAUACCGGACAUAGUUGAGCAAUAUCGCCAAGCUGCCAUAAACGCCAUUGCAGCAGGUUUCGAUGGCAUCGAGAUCCACGGUGCUCAUGGCUACAUCAUUGAUCAAUUCCUCAAGGAUGGCAUCAACGACCGCAUGGACAGCUACGGUGGAUCACUCCCCAAUCGAUGUCGGUUUCUACUUGAUGUGACCCGGGCCGUCGUAUCGUCCAUAGGAUCGGACCGUGUUGCAGUGAGGGUAUCUCCUGCCAUUGACCACCUUGAUGCCUACGACUCGAACCCCAUGCAGCUUGGCAUGGCAGUAGUCGAACGGCUUAAUGUCCUUCAGCAAGAAGCUGGACAACUUGCUUACCUCCACGUGACGCAGCCCCGGUAUGCGGCCUACGGGCAGACGGAGUCAGGCCCGCACGGCAGCGACGAGGAAGAGAGCCGCCUGAUGCGCACCCUGCGAGGUGCGUACCAGGGCACAUUCAUGUGCAGCGGCGGCUAUACGAGGGAGCUUGGGUUGGAAGCGGUGGAGAGCGGGGACGCCGACCUGGUGUCGUACGGGCGGCAAUUCAUAUCGAACCCAGACCUAGUUGAGCGCUUCAGGCUGAACGCAGGCCUGAACAAGUAUGUGAGGAAAACGUUCUACACCCCUGAUCCCGUCGUGGGUUACACAGACUACCCGUUCCUCGGCCAGCCUAAGUCGCGCAUGUAGUGUAUGUAUGCAUUGGUGAUCAGAAUCGGAUUGUGCAGUGUACUUGGCGAAAUAAAGGAGUAUAUAAUGUCACGGUAUUUUCAACGGCUUCUUAGACUACUUAUUUGUGCCUACAUGUGCCGAAUUGAAUUUCUGCUACUGAUACUGCUACUAUCUUGAAGUAAGUACAUAAAAGAAAAUUAUUUUGCUGUUGCA